GUCGGAAUAUAAAAUUAGUGUCUCGAGUUAUCGCUGAGAGUAUACGCUGCAUAAUGCCGCUCAAUAGAAAUGGUCUUAAAAUCGUCUCUUUAGACGUUAAAGACGUGAGGUUUCCCACUUCUCUUGGAGGCCAUGGUUCUGAUGCAUUGCAUACGGAUCCAAACUACUCGUGCGCAUACGUGACCACGACUACCGAGAAUGGCUCUCAGGGUUUCGGUCUGACGUUCACGUGCGGCCGCGGCACCGAGGUGGUGGUGCUGUGCAUACGCGCAUUGAAGCGGUUCGUCGUGGGCAAGAAUGCUGUAGACAUCUUCCAGAACUUCGCCAGCUUCUGGCGCGCCAUCACCAAUGACUCUCAAAUGCGAUGGAUUGGGCCUGAGAAGGGAGUGGCUCACCUGGCGGCGGCCGCCAUAUUGAACUCUCUGUGGGACCUGUGGGCGAGGCUGGAGAACAAACCGCUGUGGAGGCUGCUCGUCGACAUGGAGCCCGAGGAACUGGUGUCUACUAUUGACUUCCGUUACAUCACCGAUGUCGUCACUAAGGAGGAGGCCAUCCAGAUGCUCAGAGCAAAGAAAGCAGGCAAAGCUGAAAGGGUCCAAUAUCUGAUAGAGAAUGGAUACCCCGCAUAUACGACUCAAGUCGGAUGGAUGGGUUAUAGUGAUGAGCUGGUUCAGCAGUUGUGCGAGAAGUACCUGAAGCUCGGGUUCACGAACUUCAAGGUCAAGGUCGGGGUCAACCUCGCCGACGACCUCAGGAGAUGCACCGCUGUGCGCAAGCACAUCGGGAAAGACAACGUAUUGAUGGUGGACGCGAAUCAGGCAUGGAGCGUGGGUGAAGCCAUCGAUUGGAUGAAGAAGCUGGCGCAUUUGAAGCCGCUGUGGAUCGAGGAGCCUACGUCGCCGGACGAUGUGCUGGGACACGCUGCUAUUGCCCAGGCCCUUAAGCCGUUGGGCAUCGGCGUGGCGACGGGUGAGAUGUGCGCCAACCGCGUGAUGUUCAAGCAGUUCCUGCAGAGCGGAGGCGUGCAGUACUGCCAGAUAGACUCCGCGCGCAUCGGCGGCAUCAACGAAAUCCUGGCUGUCUACCUCAUGGCUGAAAAACUUAAUGUGAAAGUGUGUCCGCAUGCGGGCGGAGUGGGCCUGUGCGAGAUGGUGAACCACCUGCAGUUCUGGGACUACGCGAGUCUGUCUGGGGCCAUCGACGGCCGCCUCGUAGAGUACGUCGACCAACAACACGAGCACUUCUACGACCCGUGCGUUGUUGAGAAUGCCAGAUACUUGGCACCGAAGAAUCCUGGCUACAGCACACAGUUCCUGCCCGAAGCAUUGGAAAAAUUCUCAUAUCCGAAUGGCAGCGAGUGGCGGAGGAUGAUCAAAGAUGGCGUCUUCCCGAAGCCUGAUGAAGCCGAACUCGUCAAUGCCUAGUUUCCUUUAUUUGACCAAAAUCACCAUAACCUUCUCAAUGGAUUAUUUUGACAAAAGUGUAGAGAUAUAUAAUUCUAUUCAAUUAACAAUCUAACUUGACCGUAGGCAGAGAGAACUAUAGUCAUUUCGCUCAUACAAAGCUCAUAUAAAGAGAGGCGCGUAUUAGUUGAGAUGCAACAGAUCGUUUCGUUGUGUAAGUAAGCGUAAGAAUGUGUAUGAAAUAGUUCAUUUUAUGUGGCUACGCUCAUCCUUGUCUUGUAUUAAUAUUUUCUACGAUUUAAACCGAUCCCAUAUAAAUUAUAAAACGAAAGAAAAAAAAAAAACAAUUCGCGAUAAUGGUAUCUCAAAUUGUUUUUGGAAUGCAGUUUAUUGAAACUGCAUACUUUAAGGAGGGAACUUUGUCAUAGCCAUAUUUAAAUAACAAUAAUUUGUAAUCUCCUAUAUGAUCUUAAAAUAAUAUACAAUGAUAUU